AUGGCGACGCCGCGGAGAGGCUCUGCGCCGCGCGGAGACGGAAGCCUGGCCGCCAUCUGCACGCUCAUCGAGCGCAGCAACCUGGACCGCAAGUCCAAGCUCGACAGCACGGGGCGCAUCUGCUACGAGCUCAAGAAUGACCCGCUGCUGCUCGACAGCUUCCCCAUGGACCGGCUCAUGAAGGCCAUGCGCCGCCUGGUGUGCGACUCGGACACGUCGACGCGCGCGGGGGCGCUGCGCGCGCUGCGCUACGCCAUCAGCAGCAGCGCCAGCAUCAAGCACUUCGUGGACCUCAACCUGCCUGUGUUCGUGGUGCGCUCGCUGGAGCGCGAGCAGAAGCACCUGGCGGAGCGCGUCCAGGCGCUCAAGGUCGUGCGCAGGGUCAUGGAGAUCGACGCGGCGCAGAUGCCCACGGGCCUCGUGGCGUCCUUGACGGCCAUUGCCGGACACAAGGACGACAACAUGCGGCGCGUGUGCCUGGAGACGCUGCGCGAGCUCGCGCUGCUCAACGUGGAGGUGGUGGCCGAGGCCAAUGGAACGAAGAUCCUGGUGGACGCGAUCCUGGAGCCGUCCUUCCAGGACCUGGCCGACUCGCUGCUUAUGACGCUGCUGCUCAUCUUGAACGAGCCGUCCACGCGCAAAUUUAUCGAACCAUUCGUGGACUCCCAGGUGCUAUUGGCGCCGUUUACAGACACAGACUUGCCGGCAGGAAACGAGCGACGACAGCGGUGGAUGGCGAGUCGCAAUGCUAUCGUGACGAUGAUGCGCUCGUGGACAGGUAUGGUGGUGCUGACGAGCAACCCGCAGGGUCUCCAGUCGUUGAUUCAGUUGCUGGUGCGCCCGGUCGGAGAGGACGUGCAAAAGGCGGUGCUGUCUACGAUCUGCGAGAUCUUUUACAAGAAGACGAGCUUUGACAAGUCAGCCGCUGAUGCAGCGGCGGACACCCCAGCGUUGCCUGUAAGCCUCUCGAGUGCCGAGCAGUUGCCGCUUGCAGUCAACCAUAAUCUGCUGGAUAACUACACGGUGAUUAUCCUGCUGGCCAUGAUCCAUUGUGGUAUCUUGGAGGCGCUGGUGACGCUGGGCACGGGCCCUUCUCGAGCGUUGGCGGAACCGGCAAUUGACCUGCUCGCGGAUAUUUUGCGAAUGGCCUCACGCCUGCUGCCGGACCAACAUUGUGCAUCCUUGCUCGCGCUGCCACGACUAGUGUCCUCGACCUCGCUCACGACAACGACCACGAUGUCACUCGGGGAUCAUGCGAAGAGUUUGCUGGAGCGACUCCAGCGCGAAAAGUCAAUUCGAGCUAGUGAGAUGCUGGGCGAGCUGGCGAACGCUGUGGGUGCUAACUCGGGCAGCAUUGCCACACGCGGUGUAUCGCUGGUAUCGUACGGCGGCAGCGGUGUUAAUGGCGUGCAACUGGCGUCCGAACUCCUGCGCGAUACGAAUCGGCCGUCGAAUCUCCUCGCUCUGCAGCAAAUUGCAGGUGUAGUGCGUCUCCCUUCCUCAAGUGGUGGCGGCGGGAUUGCUGGAACUGGCGGUGGCUCUGCCAACUAUGCUGUCGCGACCCCUUCAACGCAGCGUGGCACUAAGAGCGCGACGGCACAACUAAAGGACAGCCUAACAUCCCGAGAGCUGAUGGUUCUCGAGCUGAAGCAGUCGCUGGAUGCUCAGAUGGAUGACAGCACCUUUAAAGACAUGCUGCACAACCGUUCCCGCGUGCUGACAGACAAGAACUACAAGAAUUGGAACUGGGAUAUCAUUUCCGAGAUGCUCGAAGGCCCGCUAACAAACCCACAGCGUCUCUCGGAAGCUAUGAAAACCAAGUUCUUCAAGCGCCUCUCGGGUUUCUUCCGUUGCGACCAGGGCAACAAGGGUUAUUUCUCGAAUUUAUACUGGAUUCCAGACCACGUGCCAUACCUGCGUCCUGCGUGCCAAAUGUACACGUUGCUGCUGAACCACCCGGAAGGUUUGCUCUUCCUGAAGACUGACCGCCGUGGUCAGUUACUUACAGAGAUCUCGUCGGCCCUAGAGCUGGAAGCCCGCCCUGAAGCUGCUAUUGUCGAGUCACACAUUGGUGUGCUGAAGGCACGCAUGUUCUCUCCUGAUUAUGUAUCACGGCGUAUGCUGCGCGAGUACUUCACGCUUCUAGGUUUGAUGAGUUCGAGCAAAGAGGGCCUCAAAAUGAUGGAGCAGUCAAAUCUGUUCCAGCGGCUUUACGUCAUGGGCACCACAAAGGGUCACGAUUUCCUUUGUCGCUUGAUUCUAGCCAACCUGGAUUACUCGGUGGACGGUAGCUCUCGCAAGCUGCUUCAAUCUUGGAUGAUGGAAGGCUCCAAGGCGCUGCGUCUGUAUGCGACCUGUUUGCUACGUGCGUUGCUGCGCUCUGAGGUGGCAGAUUUCGACAAAUGGGGCAUUGAUGCGUUGGUGACGCAGCUUACACAGGAGGAGGAAGUUGCCAAGGCUGCACUAAGUGUACUGGAAGAAGCUGCCGAGACUCCUGCAUGCCUUUUGGCUAUGAUUCUGAAGCGGCCGAUGAAGUUGAUCCAGCUCAAGGACAAGAGGGCUGAAUCUUUGCUUCUGAAAUCGCUCUCGCUUGCUGAGGGACUGAACUUCUUGCGCGACACAGGCGACUGGAUUCCGCGGACGCUUGCAGCCUGGCGUCGCGAGAAACACAUUUCGUACGUGCAUGCUGUGGAAAAUGCUCUGUUCCGUGGUUUGCACCGCGAUGCAGUAGGUCGUGAACGUGGAUCAAACAACAGCUCAACAAGCACACGCCAAACGUGUUCUCCCACUCCAAUCCCAGUGAAUGUGCCUAUGAAGAGAGGUGGUGGAGUUGGACUCAAGCCGCCUAGUGGUGGCAGCAGUCAGCGGUCGCUUUGGGGACUGGAUUGGCUUUACCGGAUGCCGUGGAACAUGGAGGUGAAGAUUGUGGGUCCUCCAGGAAGUGGACCUCCCUCAAAUCUCAUCUUAGAAACGUAUAUUGAUGGUGCGAUGCGUGACGAGGAUGAGACUACUGGCAUUGAUGACGAGCUCCGUAUGAAUUCGAUUCGCGUUAAGGGAAUCGUUGUGGAUGCUCGCAACAUGCCUCAGCCGGUGGUUGUGAAUUCACAACAAACCCUGCAGGCCUGCCUCUUCCUCGGAACACAGCCAGUAGAUCGGCGUGGAUUCACAAAGCCCCCUCCUCAGAGUAACGGUGGUUUUGUGUCUACAAGUGGAUCGGCCAGCGGUGGUGGCACUGCGCUUUCAAGCGAUACUCAGCAGAAGAUGCUGCGCGCGCGAUCAGCGUCGAACUCGGCUGGCGGAAGUAUGGACCGUAGCUCGGAGACAAUGAUGUCAUCGCUCGACUUUGCCGAUACUGGAUCAUCGGCUGAUACCGCGAAGGAAGGGGACAAGGAUUGGAGCUCGUGCCAGCCAGAACAGCGCUCACCGCAGUACUUGACAGCCCCAGAGUGCUCUCUGUGCGCUCCUGGUGAGCGUGCUGUGUGGAACUUCCGCGUGGAAAUGGACUCGGCGGCAGGCACCAAUACCUCCAAUGGCAGUGUAAAACGUCUGUUGCUCAAGUCGGUGGAGUUCACGUUGCAGCUGCUGCCACUUCGUCCGCGCACUGUGCCGUUGCCCGUACAUCUGUACGGUGAAUUGGCAAAGACUAGUGCUGGUUGUCAGAUUCUGCAUUCAUCUGGGCAUUUGCCGGAAUUCCUCGCGUGUCUUCGCGAUGCUGCCAGCGUUCCACUUGAGAAGCGCGCAGCCUUAUGGGCUCUUGGUCACGUGUCCGCAACUCCGCGCGGCUACGAUUUGUUGAACCACUACGCUCAAGACUUCGUGGAGAUGAUCGUGAAGUUAGCUACGGAUUCGCCGCUCGUAUCCAUUCGCGGAACGUGCUUCUUCGUGUUGGGUUUGCUGGCGAGAUCCCCCGCUGGCCGGCGGCACCUGGCGCGUCUUGGGUGGGAUGCCCCACGUGACGCGUCUCGUACGUCGAUUGCAGUUCCCCAGAAUUGCACUUCUCUCUUUAUGUGGCCCCCAUCGGGGUCGUCAACGCCGUGUCCGUUGACUCAAACACCGCGGGCGUCGCCUCUCCAGCGAUUGCUACUGCGCAGGCGCGACAAAAUGCCGAAGGAGUGGCAUGAAGUGCUGCGCUUUGUUGCUGACCUGAGUAACCACAUCACCCAGAAGGAGGCCCAUGCUUCCCUCAACAAGCUGCGUUCAUCAAAACCCGAGCUAUUUGAGGAGCCGGUGCUGCUGAUGUACGUGCACGCUUUGCUGGAGAAGUACAGCUACCGAUUGGCACUGCGUCAGUUCGUGCUCAACGCGUUCGACCGAGCGACGCUGACGGACGAAGUGCUCGAUACGUUGCGGGCGGAGGAUGAGGAGGAGCAGGGCAACCAGACGCGUCAGCGGGUACCAACCGGCCGCGAGCUGCGGCGACGUCGUUCCUCGCCGUCGAUCCCAUCCUUUACGGCCUCCGUCCAGUCGCUGAAUGCCGCCAUGCAAGCUACCUCGGGCGUCUCACGCAUGUCGUCAAUGCAGAAUGUACUCAAUACCGGAGGCAACAUGGGCGACCACCGUUCGACCAUGCGUCUGAACGCACACAACGACCCGAUCGACCGCACAGUGUUGCUGAAGCGCAACCGCAAGCGCUCUGCUUUCUCCGAGAAGACCAUCGUUGUCGGCGCCCCCGAAGCUGCCGUAUAGGGUUUGCCAGGCUAGCUUAGACGAGCGUGGCUGUUGUUUCAAAAACGUAUUGUUUGCCAGUA